AUGAUGCUUACCCAUACUCAGCCUUCCGCUUCGUUCGGCUACAAGUCCGUUCAUGACCUGCCGACGCCUCCUUCCACCUCGCGACCCUCACCACCCCCCCUGGGCUACCAAGAGGCCGCCGCGUACAAGACGCCGAAGCCGGACUCCCGCACGCACAGCCCCGUCCUCAAGCUCAUGUCGGCUUCUCACCGUGGCCUGCCCCCCCCGGCGGCCAUGGCGCUCGCUUCCCAGCAAUCCUCCUCGGCCGGCGGCCCUCCUCACCAACCUCACCACCAUAGCCAACCGUCGGCACCGCCGGUCCACGGGGCCCAGCACGGCCAGCCGUGGGCCGCCCUGCCCCCUCCGCCGCAGCAGUGGCAGGGCGCCGAGGAGUCGAUGAAGAACUGGCUCGUGGCCAAGGCCGAGGAGGAGAAGACAAAGCAGGAGGAGGAGAGGACGAGGCAGGAGAGCCUGCGCCUCGAGCAGAGGCGCGUCGAGAUGGACAUGCUCCGCGCCUCUCUCGGCGGAGGCAUCCCCCCUCCCAUGGUGCCCCUCGUCUUCGCCGGCAUGACGGUCGGCGGACCGAUGCACCAGGCGACGCUCGAAUGGGCCCAACAGUUCAUGCCGCCCCCCCAGGGCCAGCAGCACCCGCCCCUGCUCCGGUCGCAAAGGCCCGACUCGCCCGACCACCGCCACCGCGACGGCGCGCAACCGGCGCACGUCCAGCACGGCGGACCCUCUGCGGGCGCGGCGCCGGCCCAAGCAUCCGCCUCGUUUGGCCAGUACCCGGGAUCCCCGGCGAGGCCACGGGGCCAGACUGUCAGCGGAGCCAUCGGUCGGCUUGGCUCCGCCAUGGCCGGCCACGGCACGAACCCCUCGCAGUCCGCGCAGCCCGGCUCAGCGUCCAUGCUGCCGUACCAGGCGCACGCCCACGGCCAGGCGCAGGCCGGCCAGCAGGAUGCGAGCACGUCGAUCUACUUUCACCACUGGCAACCGCCGACGUCGCAGGCCGGGAGCGGCAGCUCGAACAGACCGGGCACCCCGUCUGCAGCAUCCUCCGCCACCGAGCGAGAAUCGGUCAAGAUCACCGCCGCACUUCAUACAGAGCAGCCUGUCGAACCCGCCGCCGGGCCGAAGGCUGCACAAGCGCCAAAAGAGCGACGUCUCCUGGUACCGCGUGCCGGGACACGGACACGGACAGCUGGACGAGGCCGAUCGCGCGUCGGCGGCGAGAGCUCUGACGCCGAGCCAGGAAGGCAGCGUCGCCUCGUCGCGGGACGCCUACGCCGCCGAGGGCAAGAAACAUUCGGUCUCGGCCAUGCUCUCUCAGGACCAGGUGACCUCGGCGCCGCACGAAGCGUCGCGCCUGGAGCGGUUGCAUUUCCACUCGACGCAUGGACCCUUGGCGCCAAUGACUCGGCAUCGUGA